AACAUGGCCAUUAAGAGUAGAAGACACUCGUAAGCUACUAGUAUUUGACCACAGAUGCCUCAGAAAUAUUGCUGGCGUCUGCUGGGAUCACCGGGUAAGUAAUCGUGAGGUUAGACGCAGGGUACUAGGGAAGGAUGGUAAAUCAGUCGAUGAGGUUGUGAAUCUUCAUCGACUGAGAUGGUUGGGCCACGUGUUACGUAUGCCCGAGCACCGAUUACCACGACGUGCGAUGCUAACCGGUGUUGGGGAUGGUUGGAAGAAAAUUAGGGGCGGCCAAACCAAAACGUGUCAUCAGUGCUUGAAGUCACUAACUUCUAGUCUGAGCCAUGUUGGUAGAUGCAGACUACUUGGUUGGGGUCCGCGCGACUGUCGUAACCAACGGUUGGAGAUUCUUGGUGACAUGGCUGAGAACCGAUCAUAAUGGCGUCGGUGUAUACACUUUCUGUCUUCCCUUAAACUAAGAGAUUAAAAUCACUUGAUAUUAUUCUUUCUACGAACUAAUUCUUUCUUCCUGUACUAUAUCCUUAUUGAAAUCUUUCUUUUAUAUAUUACCACCUCUGAAUUAACUACUUUUAUGAAUCCGGUGUCCAUCUUGUUGUGUUAAUGAGGUAUGGCAACCUGGACCGAUGCAUAAAUGUGCCUGGUCUUAAGUUGUAGCUGAUUGACUGACUGGUGCGUCGAUAAGUAGGGACUGAUUAUUAGUAGGCUAAACAGUAUAUAAAAGGUAAGAAAACACUGUAAAGUAAUACCAUCAGCAAUAUUUUAGAAAACACUCAUAUGAACGUAUUUAGCAAUGGAACAGUUAUUACAUUAUUAACACAGUUAACGGUAAUAUGUGCACAGUAAACAUCCUUAAUGGAAACUGAUUUGUAUUCAUGACUAACUACCGAAAACAUAAGUAUUCUUAGAAGGGAAUGGUUCGGCGAAAUAAUCACGUGGGCAUGUGAAUGGUCUAAGUUUCACUAAUCCGCUUUCAGUGACUAGCCCAGGCUUAAGCAUAAUUAAUUGUUUCCCAGGGUCAAACUUAACGAAUGCUUGUAAAGUAGUGGCCGAUAUGCUAGCUCGCAACCUACCACAGAAAGAUAUCUUCUCUGCAUAGCUCUGAGCUUCUUGUUUUGCUACAGCGUAACUGUUAUGUACUUAUUUCUUAAUCUGCCUCAUAUAAGACUCGAAAGGAAAGGCGAAAAAAGAAUCUAAAGCUUUAUGUGCACGAACGUCAUCAGGAAGGUACUUCAACAAAUGCACAUUGUAAACUAAGUUUUCAAGUCCAUAGCACCAUUCAUAUUCCUUAAGAAAAUUACGUAAAUCAUUUCUGGCCGAAUCUUUUGCGCCGCUAUGUAAUCUGGGAUGCUCUAACAAAUACGCCGCUAAUGCUAGAGGCUUGGAAUUCGUGUACAGCGGUUUUGGUAAACAAUGUUUAAGGAUUACGGGGCCUAAAUGCAGAAGGAACAAUCGACACUAUCACUUUCUAUACUGAGACAAAGUCUGAUGUCCGACACGCUGAAAGUUUGAAGGAGUACUUGCGGCACAAUGUGAGUAAUGCUACUUGCUCAGUGUCCAGUUUGUCAGGAAUGCUUUACAAAUGCACUUGAAUGUAAUAUAUCAGCAUUACCAUGUGGUCAUGUGUUCCAUCAAAUAUGCAUUGAUACCUGGUUCAAAACAUCUUCAACAUGUCCACAAUGCAGGAUAGGCAUCAAAAAAACAUUUGUCAUUUCUAAAUUAUACUUUGAUAUGAUUAGUUACAGUUCAGAAGAACAACCUGUCAAUUCUUCGACAUUUGAACAAGAAACUUCAGCAUCAGAAAGUUCACAGUUGGAUUCCAAAUCGAUGAAAUCCUUAAGCGUUCAACUACAUCGAUUACGUUCAGAAAAUAUGAGAUUGGACUUAUUAUGUAAAAACUUGUCUCAAAAAUCGGAAGAAAAUUCCAAACUAUUAAGCGCACGCGAUAAAGAGAUAUCAGCACUGUCCACUUUGUACAGUGAAACAGAUAAAUUAUACGAAAAAGAAAGACAACGUUGUCGAGAUUUAAGAACAGAAAUAUCAAGUUUGAAACAGUUCCUUCGAGAAGCCGAAGCUAUGAAAGCUGAGGCUAUUCAGCUUCGAAAAGAAACAGAAGAUAUGCAAAACGUGAAAAAGUUAAUAUCCUCUUCAGAAGAUGCUGCACGUGAGCUAUUUUCUCGAUAUACAUCAAAAUUCGAAAAUGUAAACGAAACACAAAUUAAGCAUCAAAAAGAUAGUGAACUAUUAUCUCUUUGUAAAUGGGCUUCUGUUUUGCGAUCAGAAUUAACUGCUACCCGUGAAAAAGUGAGGAGUUAUCGUACAGAAUUGUCUCGAGUACGUAAACUACAGACUUCUGCUUCUCAAAAAAUCACACGUGCCGAAACUAAUGCUGCUGAAUAUAAGGAACGUGUCAAACAACUGGAAAGUGAAUUGUCGAAUUUAAUUGAACAACUUCACCCAGAUGUUAAUAAGACAAAAGGAAAUACUUCUCAAGAGCAUUUAACCUGUGGAACUACUACAUCAAGGAUUAUUUCGCAACCAUCUACUUCUACCACUCCUGUGCGUUCAAUAUCCAUGAGUGAUAGUUCGCUUGUUACUCCACCAUCGACAAAAUUAAUUUCUAAGGAAUUAUCUACACCUGAUUUACUCUUAAUCAGUAGUCCAUUUGAACAAUCAGCUAAUGUCACUCCAAGGACGGACUUUUUAACACCUGCAAAUCCAUUUCGCAUGAAACAGAAUCAACCAAGUACUAGUAAUUCACCUAAACAAACUGUAUCUACUUCACAAGCAUACAAUCGCACUUUAUUAUUCUCUCCUGAGACAGAUAUGAUUAAUAAUAAAAUCCCAUUAAAUAAUAUUAUGGCCAAUCAACGACGACCAUCAAGCUUUUACCAAAUGUCAAUUAUGCGUCAACAUGCCAAGAUUGCUGACAGCUAUAGAAUACCAAAUUAUUCGAAUACUCUUCAAUUUCAUCAAUCAUUCGACAAUACUCUAUCAAAACUAUCGAAACCUUGUGUGCUAAGAACGGAAACUAGCCGUUACCAAAAACGCUCUGUUGGAAAUUUAAAACGAUCUAUUUCAGAAAUUUCUAACACUUUAAAACUUGAUAAUUUCAUAGUAAAAUUAUGAUUAAUUUUCUCCACUCAUGUAACCUCAUAUUAUCUCCCAAUAAACUAAUAGUU